GCCCCCGACACUCUCCUGACUCCGUCUUCAAGAAGAGCAGUCUGGGUCCCAAGUCCCAGAACCACUGUCACAGCGCUCAUUUUUGUGCUUCAAGCUGGCUGCGAGUUCUUCUUUGCUUCACGCUUCUUCAGCUAGCUCACACUACAGUGGUAGAUGCGAGGGUUGGUUCUCCUCCACUCGGAGAACCUGGAGCCUACCGACAAGAGGCACCAAACCACGUGGAGGCAAAGCAGGGUGUCGUUCGACAUCACAUACCUCCCGGCAAUUUUCGCCCCAAGGCUUCACCAAAGAAACGAUCGUUGGCACGUGCUAUCGCUCGUGCCUCAGCCAGUGCCGACAAUACCACCAUUUACCGUGGUCGCAGGGUGCAUCUACACGCCUUGGGUUCCCCAGCAGGACACCCCUCUUCCUCGAUGCCACGCUCCUCCAAGCAGACCACAAGGUUGAAUCCCAGCCAGAGGCCAGCACGCAAACUUAGAAUUGUUAGCUGGAACUGUGGGGGUUUGUCGUCGACUUUGUACGAUGAAAUUCUGGAGUGGAUGGUGGAGGAGGAUAGACUAGGGCGGCCCGUGGACGUGCUCUGCCUCCAGGAGACCUCCUGGAGGACUGAUCAAGAGUUCCUCACCAAGGAGCGCAGUGGGUCCGCGGCUCGCUGGUUCGUGGUUCACACCGGCUGUCGUGAAAAGGCUGGAGUUCUCUGCAUGGUAAGGAAGGGACUCGUGGGAGAGGAUGGGAUCAGGCACACGGUGCUGGUGCAGGGCAGAGCCCUGCACCUACGCUUAUUGCUGCAGGUUCCCCUUGAUCUUCUCUGCCUCUACCAAGUGGCAUGGAAUCCUUCCAAAUCGACGUUGGAUACCGAUCGUAAGGUGGCACACCUUCUUCAACAAAGGAGGUCAGUGUGGAAGGCAGCCUCCAAGUGGGUGGCCCAGAUUCCGUUGCGUCAUGGCUGUGUGUUGCUCGGCGACCUCAACACGCCGCUGCUACCAGAACACCCUUUUUGUGGGCCAGGAGUCGUUCCUCGUCGUGAGAUCCCUCAACAGGACCAGGCUGAGCUGCAAAAUCUGAUUAGACAAAUGGAUGGGAGAGCCCUCAACACGUGGUCUAGAGGUGGUGCGGCGGCUCGCACCUACAUACCCCCGGCUACGGGCUCAGCCUCGCAAGGGACGCAAAUAGACUACAUCAUUGUGCGGGAGAAUCUUUGUGACCAGGAGGCUCGCAAAACUCGCCCUUUUGUGGCCCCCUUCGUGGCGACCUCAGGAGGCCGACAUCUCCCACUUGAUUGUCAGAUCCCUGCCCCACGCCCCCCGCGGAGGAACAUGCAUCCACCCUCCCGAACGGCCCCGGCCAGGGCACAAGCGAUGCUACACGAGCAGAGCAUUGUACAGCAAUUGUGGCAACAUACCGAGGCCCUUGAGGGAUCCCCUUGUUUGCUAGAUCUGGACACUGUUCUACGAGAGGCAUGGGACCAAUCUGCGGGGAAAGCCACGUCCAAACGGGAGGACCGGCAAGGACCAGGUGCAGCCCCGGACACAGCCACCCGUAACCUGGUCAGACAGCUCUGGCUUCUUCGGGCCUACCUCCGGAACCAGGCCAGUCAGCUUCAGGCUCGCACUCGAUGCACACCCUUGUUGGCCAUCUGGCAGGGUUGGCGACAUGCCAGCCGACUUCAGGCAAUUCUUCGGGAACUGCGGCGCAGAGGCAGGCGAAAGAAGGUUGAGAUGGUGGCAUCGCUGGUCCAAGAGAGCAAUGUGUACCAAGCCGCUCGCAGGGUGGCACCCAAGACGCAACGCCGCCGACUUCAGCUUCGUACUUCGGCUGGAGCCCUACAAACCCAUGAAGAGGAAUUUCAUGACAUCAUGACCUACUUCAAGGGGCUCUACGCGGGGCCUCCUCCGGCUGUGGAAAUCCUGGCACACCCCCUACACCUCACUCAGUCUGAGGUGACCGGUGCUCUACAUCACCUCGCCCCGAACAAGGCCCUGCCCUCAAGCUCUGCACCCGCGGUGCUCUGGAAGCUUCUGGCUGAACGGCUAGCCCCAGUGAUCACCAGACAGUUUGAGGCCAUUUUCCAGCCGGGACCGAUAGCUCUACCCCGACAGUGGUGCGCCUGCGAACUCGUUCUGCUACCGAAGCCUGGCAAGUCUCUCACUGCCGUGAGCCAAUUGAGGCCAAUUUGUCUCUUACCGCCAAUGGCAAAACUUUUGGCCACAGCCUUGGCAAACCGACUUCGACACUACGCGGUCACUUACUUGGCCCAAACUCCGGUGUUCGCAUACAUCCCUUCCCGGGGUCUUGCACAGGCUCUCGAGAGAGUAGUUGGACAUUGUUCCCAGGUCAGAGCACUGCUCGCUGCACAGACGAACUCCCUAUUUGCAAGACGAGCAACUGGCCCUCGCAGGCCCCUUCUGGGGGGUAUGAUGCUUUCGUUAGACAUCACCCAAGCAUACGAUGCGGUGGCACGGGAGGACCUUCGCGCAGCAUUGUUGGACGCGGCGGUCCCAGAGGGACUGGUCAGUGCCAUACUGGCGAUCCGCGGGCAGGCUCACUUACUGGUGGGUCACGGGGGACAUAGAGGCGAGGUCCACUUGUUGAAGGGAUUGCGGCAAGGUUGCGGAUUGUCGCCGGUGCUCUGGGCAGUGUUCUCAGGGUGGCUACUCAAGCAGCUGGAGUCCCAGAACAACUUGACUGACUUCGUGUCCAGGUCGAACACUACCUACGCUGAUGAUUUCAUCUUCAGCUGGAUCAUCGACUCCGGCUCAGCCCUUGAGAAUGCUUAUCGUCAAGCCAGGAUGGUCCUGCGAUUCCUGGACUCCAAAGGCCUCACUAUCAGCCCGAGCAAAACGGUGGUCAUCCUGGAGGUCAGGGGCCCACAGGCGCACAAUGCAUUGUCCAAGUACCUGGUGACGCUGAAGGACGGAGUGCACAUCCGCUUCAAGAUUCAGGACCGCAAUGUUGACCUCAAAGUGGUGCAUCAACACACAUACCUAGGAGCACAGAUUGGUUUCCGGAAGUUUGAGCAGCAGACGGCUCAACAUCGGAUGCAGCUCGCCACCAGUCAGUUCCAGCGUCUUAAACCUGUGCUGAGGUGUCAAUCAGUACCGUGCAGCCUACGCAUGCAGCUGUGGAAGGCCUGCAUCCCACCGUGCUUGGCGCAUGGCUUAGAUUGUACAGGGCUCCCACCCGCGGAGGCAAAACAAGUCGAGACCCUGUUGAUUACACAGGCCAGGGCAGUUGCAAGAUCGUAUAGCUGGCUCACGCACGAGUCCAACAAGCAGUUCUUGCAACGACGUCGCAUCAGGCACCCAACCGAGUGGAUUCUGCAGGCCAUCAAAAAUCGAGAGGCCAUGGAUGCACACCUUGGCUCUCAGAUUCGACCUGGAGAGGCGCAGCUGCAGUGGCGGCGAAUGCUGAGGGGCUGCCUGCAAACAGCUAAGCCGGAACAUGCAAUGACCAUGCAAUCUUCCACCGUAGGCGACCCAGCCCGAGUGCCCAGUGUUCGUCUCAUCCCUGUGGACAAGAUCAUCCAUGAAGUCUUUGAGUGCAGCGAGUGCGGCAUCCGGUUUAGCACAGCAGCAGCUCUCAAGAGGCAUACAUUCCUACAGCAUUUUGCUGAGGAGCAACGCCUUGCACGACAGCAAGAAGUGAAACAAUCGGCACAGCAAGCCAACAUGGAGCACUCCAAAUCAGGAGCGACAGAGGCGGAGAACCCGCUGGAGAUGCAGCGCCAGAGCCUGGCAGAUGCGACCACGGAGCUUCAGCUGAUGGAAGCACUGGCCCCUCCAGGCACCAUCGGACUUCCGUCGGCCUUGCAGCUUGCUGGAGUGGCCUCGCCCAACCGGGUGCGGACAGAUCAGACCCUCAUGGAGCCCGACCUGGAGCAGGAGCGGGACGAGGAAAUGAUUCCGGACAGGCCCUCCAAGUUCUCUCGACCAGGAAGCAAGGGCCAGGGACACAAAGCAGGCCGAGGCAAAGGGCAGCAGCAUCAACGUCAACAGGACCGACAGUCAGGGAACUCCUUCGCAGGGACGGCUCAGCAGGCCAAGGACAAAUCCCAGCAGCCGGACGAGGCGUCCACACGCAAGGAGCUGCAGCGGUUGAAGGCCCAGGUCACCAUGCUCACAGCCUUGAUCCUCCGGCACGACAACCAAAUCAACAUUGCGAGGCUCGACACCGCAUACAUCUUCUUCCUUCGAACCGACGUCCCGGGAAGCAUGGCAGCGGCCCUCUACAAGACAGGCCUGACAUGGAAGGAUCUGAAGGAGAAGCAUCCGGAGAAGCUGGAAAGCCCGAUGCGGGUCAUCCUGAUGCAGGGCUUGCUUUCCAGCGUCCUCAGUCGCUUCGAGCAGAUGAUCGCCGACGAGGAGAAGAAGAUGCAGGCCAUAAGACUCGGGUGGCUCAGCGAAACCGGGAAUCAGGUCAUGGGGAUGAAAUGGGACGUCACCCGCAAACAGCAUGUGGUGGACCCCAUGGUCAAGGCGAUGGAGAUCACCACCGUCAAGGAGGCCCUGACGGAGCUCAUGGUCUUGUGCAAGGCCCCUUUGGUGGUCAACCGCUUUCAUGCCACCAGACCCAUGGCGGCGGAGUACGACUCGCCGGUACUCCCGAUGAUGCUGGACAUCGGUUUCCGGGUGGAGGCGGCGGACAGGACAUGGAACCUCUUCAACCAGCUCAGCCGCUCAGCAGUGUGGAUCAGUGCAGGAGCCUACAUGCGUCACGAUCGCCUACAGAGGGGACCGUUGGCACAGCGGCUGGCACUGUUCACGGAGACGCAGAACCAAUGGUGGAACAGGUCCUGA